AUGUCCCAUGCAUCAACGUCAACCCGGGAAUUCGACUUCUGGGAAUUUGUCAACUGCUCCCGAUGUCAUUUGCCCUUUGCUGCGGAGGCUGGGGCCCCUUCUGUCCCAUUCUGGCUUACAGAAUGCGGACAUGUAAUAUGCAAUAACCAUCUCAAUGCUGAUCAGAGCUGUGCUCAAUGUGAAGAGCGGGGCAUUCAGUUGAUGCCUUUGCAACAGGAUAUGGAGUUGCCCAUGUCGGACUGGUUCAGAUCAGCACCUUCUGCACUGGAUAGCAUCGCUUUUUCCACCAGAUUCCAGAUGGAUACGCUCGCUUCGCUUGUGCGACAUUAUAAGAAGAAGUAUAGCCACCAACGAUUGAUUUUAGAGCGUCUCAAGGGAGAAUACAAAAAUCUGAAGAGGUACCACCCAACAGUUGAGGACCUACAGGCAGAGAAUGAGCAAAUACGACGUUAUGCUGAAUAUGGGCAAGGAACAUCUUCAGAUAUCAGAAACGACAACGGGAAGCGACGGAUGCUCGACAGCCACUACAGCCAUCCAGAUGGAGCUCGAAAUAGCUCGAGUCCAAGAUCCAUCGUGACUCCUGUUGGACCUGAUCGACUCACUCUUCCGCCCGAUCACCAGCAGCCUACCUUUACAUCGCGUCGUGCGUCCCAUAGCGAUGACCCGUCGCAAGCAUUCCAGGAUCAGAGCGGCAGGCAGCAAAGAGACCGACCAGGGUCUAGGCGUUUUGCCCAGUACGCUCCUUGUUGA